UAUCAUGUGUCUCUUUCUGCCAGCAAAUAUCCAACGGAACUCCACCCCCUCGACGACGGAUCUGGAAAUUUCUUCACGGAAUCACGAUUCACGAAUGAUGUUUUCCAAGAACAAAAUCUUAGGUCUUUGACUGCUUUCGAAUCCCGGAUUCAUCUUCCCUCAGAUAUUCAGCCAAAUCUCUGUCCACGACUUCAUCGAUCCCUCCUCUCGUUGGAAGCGGCAGAGAAAGAGGAGGGAAGGAAAUAGAGGAGGAGGAGGAGGAGGGGGAGGAGGAAGAAGAAGAAGAAGAUUCGAGAAGGAUCAAUGGAGGACGCGACAAUAUGGCAAGGGUUGUUCCUAUGCGGGAUUGUGUCGUGGAUCUGGGUUUCUUCUUAUUUGCGAUUGACCCAGAAAUUUAGAUCUCUCCUCCAACCCUGGGUCACUCGUCAGGUCGUCGAUGGCGCUCCUUUCAUCAUCAAGAUCCAGAAGCAUCAGAAUUCGGUGCUGGAUGCUUUCUUCUCCGGACUUUCGUGUGUUGUUUCAGUGCCAUUUUACACGGCGUUCUUGCCUUUGCUCUUCUGGAGUGGGCAUGGCAGAUUGGCCAGACAGGUGACACUCUUAAUAGCCUUCUGUGACUACUUGGGGAACAGCUUAAAGGAUGUGGUAUCAGCUCCACGACCCAGCUGCCCUCCGGUUAGAAGGAUUACAGCUACAAAAGAUGAGGAAGACAAUGCAAUGGAAUAUGGCUUGCCUUCUUCUCAUACAUUAAACACAGUGUGUUUAUCCGGAUAUCUCCUUCACUAUGUGUUGUCUACUUUGGACAAUGAAAGCACGUCUAUUCUAUAUUGUGGGAUCGCCCUCGCUUCCCUUUUAGUAGGUCUCAUUGCUUUCGGAAGGAUUUACUUGGGCAUGCACAGUGUGAUCGACAUCAUCAGUGGUCUUGCCAUGGGACUGGUGAUUCUAAGCUUUUGGCUUACUGUCAAUGAACAAAUUGAUAAUUUUAUUACCUCAGAAAAAAAUGUUAGCUCAUUCUGGAGUGCCCUUUGUCUACUAGUCUUAUUUGCUUACCCAACACCCGAGUUCCCAACUCCAAGCUACGAGUACCACACAGCAUUCAACGGUGUCACAUUGGGAAUAGUAACGGGAGUGCAGCAGACGUAUAGCCAGUUCCACCACGAAGCCGUCCCACGAGUCUUCUCCAAGGAACUCCCGUUUCCAGCCUUCAUUGGAAGAACCCUAGUGGGGAUACCGACGAUACUCAUAGUGAAAUUCUGCAGCAAAUCCCUCGCGAAAUGGGUCCUACCCAAUGUAUCUAACGCGCUAGGAAUUCCGAUAAGGUCGAGCACUUACAUCCCGAAACUCAACAAAGGGACUGCGGAUGGGAAGAAAUCGGACGAAGCGAAGAACUCGGGGUAUCUGCAGAAGCUAUGCGAGUUUUUGAACCAAGACUCGUUCGACGUGGACACCGGAAUACGUUUCCUUCAAUACGCAGGUCUCGCUUGGUCAGUCGCAGAUCUUGUCCCUUCCCUCUUCUUUCACCUAAACUUGUGAUUAUUCACUUUUUGUCCUAACGUGUUAUCAGGUAUAUAUACAUAUAUAUAUAUAUGCAUGCACACAUACUUGUGGCUCCUUCGCUACUUCUCA